AGAAACGGCAUGCUCAUAAUUCCUGUAGCGAUAAACCCCUAAAACACAUUCGCCCUUUCUACAUCCACCACUGACCACACCACUAACUGUAACCCUUCCCUCUGUUAUCGCCGUUGCUUCUCUCCGGCUCAAAUAAUCAGAAUCCUCCAACAACGGCAAUCGCCGACGAUAUGCAGCCGGAUCACGUUAGAAGAUUUGAAUACGAGGAGUUGGUUGGAUUUACCGACAACUUUAGUGAGAGCAAUUACAUCGGCCGUUUCCAGUUCGGCAAAUUUUAUCGUGGGCUGCUUGGGAAAACCUGUCCAACUAAAUUGUUGGUGAAGAUAUGGGAAGUUCCAGAAAUAUACAGUUUCAAGCCUGUGGAUAAUAAAAUCAGACUAAUGGAGGAAGUCAUUUUACUUCGUCACGAAGUUGUGAUCAAGCAUCCGUGCAUGGUAAAGAUGUAUGGAUACUGCUUCGACGACGAACAUCUUGUUGCUGUUUAUUUACUUGAGCCUCUUGACUCUGUUUUUAACCUCAUUCCUAAAGAUAGUUUCACAUGGCUGCAAAGGAUCAAAGCGGCAUUUGGAUUGGCUUCCGUUCUCAAAUUUCUACAUGCUAAAUACCCUACUUCAUAUUUCACACCUUUCGUAGUUCAGAAUCUUGAUCCUGCUCAUAUAGUGAUUGAAGAGGACUAUAAUCCAAGGCUAUGCGACUUCGGGCUGAUGUGUGGUGGAAUUCUCCCCAAUAGAAGAUCGUAUUCCGGCCCAUUGGGUUGCUAUGGCUACAUCGAUGUUAGUGCAUCCAGUCGAGAUGAUUGCUCGAACAAAAAAGACGUGUUUGCAUUUGGGGUGAUACUUCUAAGUUUGAUAUCGAAGAGAGUAUACACAGAAGAAGACAGGCAAUCUGGUUUACCAACUGUUUACGAAUGGGCUUUAGGACAAUGCCAAGCGUUUGAAUCUUACAGUGAAAUGAGAGAUGCAAAGUUUUCGCUUGUCCAUAAAAGUACGGCGUCUGAAAGCGAAUUUUGUGGUGAAGAUGGGCACAAAAUUACUAUGAUUGCACUCGACUGUGUUUAUAGAGUCGAAUCUGAAAGGCCUGCAAUGAAGCAAGUUUUUAGAGCUUUACGCAAACUCGAAGUCGUUAAGAACAAUGCUGACUUCAUCGGAGCGAACAACAAAAUGCUGCUUCGGCCCUGGGAAAUUACUAAAAAUAGCUGCUGAUUUGUUGUUGAUCAUUUUGUUUGUUUUUGUUGUGAUGAUAAUUGAGAACUAAUGUUUCUAAAAUACGAACCAAUGUCGAAUCUAACAGCUAUUUGGUUAUGAAGAUGAUUUCAAAUGAUUGCGUAUAGUGUGAUUUUCAAGUGGGGGUGUAAA